AUGAGCCGUGUGCAUGAGAUCGCCACAAGCGAUGCUAUGAAGAAGUUCGAAGAGGUAGACUUUCUGUUGGAAAUCUUUGAAAUAGUCCACAUUUUCAGCGAAUGCAACGAAGUCUGCAAUUGGAGAAGAUGAAGGAGCCGAAUCCGAUCGGUUCCGUGGUCCCGAAGAUCGGAGAGCUGAGGGGAACGGUCGGCAAGGAUCCGUCCAGAGCUGGAGCCGUCGAAUCGGCCAUUCCGAACCUUCAGGCACAACUGGGAGCGCUUUCGAAGAAGGACCAUCCGGUGAGCGCCUUCCUUUGAGCUUCUAGGACCCUAUCGUUCAGUGCGCGUCGGUCCCGGAGCUCGACACGAUGCCAGUGAAGGAAAUGAUGGACGUGAUGAGUGUUUUGAUGGAUGCGCUCGGCCAGAAGCUCCAAAAAGAGCCGGAAAAAACGAGAAAUGACAUCCAGAAAGCCGGUCCCGAAGUUUUGCAACUUUUCAACAAGGUCAACGAGCAUUUGGGAACGGUUUUCGAGAAAGAUCGGAAAGAUCCGGAGAAAAAGGCGAAAAAGAGCUUCUGGAAGAAAAAGAAGACCGGAAAAUAG